AUGGCCUCGACCUCCGCUGCUCAUUCUCAUCUUUCUGAAUAUGAGAUUUGGUGGAGGAGCCACUACAAUUUCCUCACAGAAAAGGGUUAUAAGCUGCGAAGUCGCUACAGUCCAGAUUGGGUCCCCUCUUGGACGAACGCUAACAAAGCUGACAUAAACUGCGAGGAUGGAAUCGCGUCACCACAUUAUCUUGUAUUGGAUGCACGGCGCAUUCAAGACGGUGCUCGCGUAUCACUCAAGCGUAUCGAUAUAUCACGACACCCUUAUGAGAUAGAAAUAGGUCGCUAUUUUUCUACCCACCCUCUUAGCAGUGAUCCAGCCAACCAUUGCGUUCCAAUUUACGAUGUUCUGAAGGUGCCCGCCGAAGAUAAUACCGUGAUAAUUGUCAUGCCGUUACUUCGAGAUGCUACAGAUCCCUAUUUUGACACGGUCGGGGAAGUUGUAGACUGCAUCCACCAGCUUUUCGAGGGGCUGCGCUUCAUGCACAGGCAUCAUGUCGCUCACCGAGAUUGCAUGCAGCUAAACAUCCUAAUGGACGACAGUAUAUUCAUAGACGCAUGGCAUGCAAGCGACCAGUAUAUGUCGGAGGACUACAAACGCGUGGCGAGGCAUCGUGCGCGCACAAAGUCUCCUCCACGAUACUACUACAUAGACUUUGGUAUCUCCCGCCAAUAUGAGGCGUCCAACACCAACCCGUUAGAAGCACCGAUAUUUGGUGGAGAUAAAGAAGUACCUGAAUUCAAUGAAGACAACUUCAAACCUCGGAACCCUUUCCCAACCGAUGUUUGGUAUCUUGGGCAUGCCAUCCAAGAAACGUUUCUCGACGAGUACACAGGUGUAGAAUUUCUGAGCGGUCUGGUAUCGGACAUGAUGCACUCGGAUCCAGCACAGCGUCCAAACAUGGAUGAAGUUUUUUCUCGAUUCCAGGUUAUACGUCAGGGUUUCAGCAACUGGAAAUUACGUUCCCGAGUGGCUCACGAUGAAGAGAGAUCUGUUUUUGAUCUCCUAGCACAUUGGACCCGUCGCAUCCAGUACGUACUACGCACGAUUCCUCCAACGCAUACCUCGUUGUCAUAGAGUGGACUUCUAUGUAUGUAGUCUGCAAUGCACCAGUUUUCUGCCCUUGAGCUCUC